GUUGAACUAUCUGCUGGAUUCCCAAUUACCGGACCCUACUCUCACUUACCUCCUCAUUUGAUUCCUCUACAAGAUUCCUCAGUGGGGUAACGGAAGAUUAAUUACCUUUUCUCAGUGUCUCUCUGCCUCAGCCGCAGCCGCUGCUACAUUCCAGGCUGUCGGCUCUGCCUGUGACGUCACACGCUCACUUCCUCCGCAUCAUUCAGCAUUUCACACGCUGCCUGCCUGCUCCACCAUCAGACUUCCCAGCUCCUGCAGCGUUUCAGAACGUAUUUGAUACCGUGGGCAAUGACCACGAGCAGACACUGCAUAAAGGAAAGUGAUAAGGAACAAGAAAGAAUGGAAGUAAAACAAAAUGAACAGAAAGAGAGAGAGAUGGAGCAGCAGUUGGACCAUUCAAUGGAAGCAGGUGAUUAUGGCACCAAAGAGCCAGUUGUGACAGCACAGCCAUACUUUACGUUCGGAAUCAUUGCAGAUAUCCAGUAUGCUGACAUGGACGAUGGAUACAACUUCAUGAAGACUAGGAAGAGAUAUUACCGGAACAGUCUGAUACUGCUCCAAAAUGCUGUGUAUGAAUGGAGCACAGAAUCCGUCAAACCAAUAUUUAUCCUCCAACUUGGGGACAUCAUAGAUGGCUUUAAUACAAAGAAUAAUGGUUCAGAAACCUCACUAGCCAAGGUUUUGUUAGAAAUAGAAAAAAUUAAAAUCCUGUGUCAUCACAUCUGGGGAAACCAUGACUUUUACAACUUCAGCAGGAAAUAUUUACAACAUUCAAAGCUGAACACAAAACCACUGGAUAGGUGCACAGGUCAGCUUGAUAUGACAUCACAGAGCAGCCAAUCGGAAGAGGAGACAUUCUAUGCUUACCAUUUUAGCCCACAUCCCAAAUUCCGAAUCGUACUGAUAGACUCUUAUGACCUCAGUGUUUUAGGGAGAGAUCCGUCUCAUACAAAGUACAAGAAAUCCAUGCAAAUGCUUAAAGAAAACAACCACAACGAGGACUUAAACAGCCCUGAAGGUCUGAAGAAGCCCUACUUUGUACAAUUUAAUGGCGGUAUCAGUGCGUCUCAGCUUAACUGGAUAAACCACGUUCUUACGUCUUCAGAUGAAAAAGAAGAAAAGGUGAUUGUAGCAGGUAAACGCAAAGCUCUGAAGUUGAACUUUGCCAACCCAGCCUUUAAAUCCACAGCGAAAUUCACCCUAAACACGACCAUUCAACACCCACAUAUGCUCCCGAAACCAGAAACCAUGAAAAACCUUGAGACUUCGUACCAAAAACCGGAAGUGCGGGUUGCUGCAAAGACGUUCUGCUCUAAUGAACAGGCAACAAAAAACAGGCUAGAACGCUUGAGGACGCACAGCAUCGAAUCAUCAGGGAAGUUAAAACUCUCCCCGGAACAGCACUGGGACUUCACGGCAGAAGAUCUGAAAGACCUGGGAGAGAUCGGUAGAGGGGCUUACGGAUCUGUCAAUAAAAUGAUUCACAAUCCCAGUGGGCAGAUAAUGGCUGUGAAGAGGAUUCGCUCAACCGUCGACGAAAAAGAACAGAAGCAGCUCCUAAUGGACCUUGAUGUUGUCAUGAGGAGCAGUGACUGCCCAUAUAUUGUUCAGUUUUAUGGGGCGUUAUUCCGAGAGGGCGACUGCUGGAUCUGCAUGGAGCUUAUGUCUACCUCGUUUGACAAAUUUUACAAAUAUGUUUAUGGUGUAUUAGAUGACGUUAUUCCAGAGGAAAUUUUAGGCAAAAUCACUUUAGCUACUGUGAAAGCGUUAAACCACUUAAAAGAAAACUUGAAGAUAAUUCACAGAGAUAUAAAACCUUCCAAUAUUCUUCUCGACAUAAAUGGAAACAUUAAACUCUGUGAUUUUGGCAUCAGCGGACAACUAGUGGAUUCCAUUGCCAAGACCAGAGAUGCUGGGUGCCGACCGUACAUGGCGCCUGAGAGGAUAGACCCGAGUGCAUCCAGGCAAGGCUAUGAUGUCCGCUCUGAUGUGUGGAGCUUGGGAAUUACAUUGUAUGAGCUAGCCACAGGCCGCUUCCCAUAUCCCAAAUGGAACAGUGUAUUUGAUCAACUGACGCAGGUGGUGAAGGGUGACCCGCCGCAGCUAACCAAUUCCGAGGAACGAGAGUUUUCACCAAGCUUCAUCAACUUUGUCAAUUUGUGCCUUACAAAGGAUGAAUCAAAAAGGCCAAAGUACAAAGAGCUUCUGAAACAUUCUUUCAUUGUGAUGUAUGAACAGCGCACAGUAGAUGUCGCUGCGUACGUCAUCAAAAUCCUGGAUCAGAUGCCAGCGACUCCCAGCUCCCCAAUGUAUGUUGAUUGAUGAGUCUCUAGCAGAAAUGUCUGCAAGCAAACGAGAAGCAGAGAGGUUGUGUCUCCUGAAGCGAUUCUCCUCCCUAUGCUCCAGCGCCAUGUGCAAUAAGAUCAGUGUUUUUUAAUCCCAUCGUGUCUGUAUGCUAUAGUCAUGUAAAGCGCAUCCCUGUAAACAUCUGGUCACCUUACUGGCGGGACGGAGAUCUUGCGACUGGAAAGCUUGGUCUGGGGCCGCCUCUUCCAUCUGUCAUACGAUAACAUGGACACCGCACGGAUCACUAGAGGAUUUUUGCCUUUUAAUAGCAGAAAGUGAGAGAUGUUGCGUCAUCAGACAACCUUCCCUCUCCCAGAGCGUGGAAGGCAAAGAAUAUGAAUUAUAAAUAUAUAUAUAAAUAUAUUUUAUUAUUUGAAUUUUUUCUUCACAAAGUGCAAUAGAUUUAACUGUUUCUCUGCCAGUCUUGUCCUAUGAUGGGUCAUACUCUGGACACUUUUUGCCCCCUCUGUCAUAAGAGGGGUUUAUUGAUUUGAAAUUCUGUUUUGCAUAGUUCUAUUAUGUUCUUGAGAGUGUUGUUUGAUUUUUUUUUCCAUUUUUUUUAAAAGAAUUAUGUUAAAUAUAGUAAAUAUCUCUUUACCAAAAAAUGAAACAAACAUUGUUGCAUUGAAGAAAUCUAACAUUAAAAUAUUAAGAGAUGGAAUAUUUCUUUCUGUCCGUGACUUUGUGUUGCAUUCCAUUUGUCAGAUUAGGCUGAGCUGGUUCUUGAUUUAGGUUUUGUCUCCUUUAAAACUUUCCCUAAGUGAAUAAAAAGUAGUUAUGCGUGAAA